AUGUUUAAGGUCAAUAACCGAGCGCUCACCGAUCCUGAACUGGGCGACCUUCCGCCGCCUGUGCCACCUGGCCUUCCACCCCAAGCUGGACACCUUCGUGGCGCGCUCCGUCCGCGCCGUGCUGGCCGCCGACGUCGGCCGCUUCGUCGCCGAGGGGGCGACCGCGGCUUCAGCUCGUUCUGGUCCCGCAGCCACGUCGACCGCGCGGACCGGAUCCCCACCACCCGGAUUGCGCAGGCGUCCUACCUCGCGCACGAGUGUCCCCGCCUACGGUAUCUGCUCCUCCUCUUCCACCAGGAGGGCCUCUGGAAGGCUACCGGCGCCCCCAGCCGGUUCCUGAUCUUCUGCCACUGGCCAAUGACCAUGUGGGUGGUUGAGAUGUUCCUCGACGCGCUGUCGCUCGACUUCGUGUCGAUCCGCGCGGGUAUGCCCAGCGAGAUGCGGACCGCCGCAAUUGCACAGUUUACGAAGGAGGUGUCGACAACAAAUGUCCUCGUGACCACGUACAACUGCGGUGCGACGGGGCUGAAUAUGCAUGCAAACUGCAGCCGCGUCGUGCUAAUGGAGCCUGCGCUGAACUUCAACUCCCUGUUUCAGACAAUUGGUCGUAUCCACCGGCUCGGACAAACCGCUCCGCAGCGGGCCUGGGUCUUCUUCCAGGACCACACCAUCCAGCGCUGGGUAGAAUACAACAACACCACAAAGGUUCUACCUCAGGUAGCCGCUCAAUUCUACGACGCGCUCUCUGAGCGAAUUGUCGCGCAGAAAGAUGUUCAAUUCCCUAAUGGAGGCGAUGAGGGGCGAUUCCUAGGUGGUUUAUAG